CUCUUCCAGCUCCCAAGCUUGGCAGUUUCAACGAUAAGACAACAAUACUCCCCCCAUUUUGCGCCUUCAUUAUAGGCCUUCCCACCUCCCUUCAUUUUCACUAUUCUUGAUACCUGCACAGAAUGAAUGUAAGCCGCUCUUUUCAACGACUCGGACGUCUCGCCCGUCGCGGCAGUCCCCUCCAACCCGGCCUGCUUCGGAGCUUCACGAGCUCCGUUCCCUCGCUAUCCAGCUCCAGUCCUCCGCGGGGUUGGACCCCGACACCAUUCGUGACAGAGACAGUGGGCGGUGGCUGGCACACCUAUGAUAUCUUUUCCAGACUUCUCAAGGAACGUAUAAUAUGUCUCAAUGGCGAAGUCAACGAGACCAUGUCCGCGUCCAUUGUCGCGCAGCUUCUCUUCCUAGAAGCCGAUAACCCCCAGAAGCCAAUUCAUCUAUACAUCAACUCCCCGGGAGGCUCAGUAACAGCCGGUCUCGCAAUCUACGAUACAAUGACCUACAUCGCAUCCCCGGUUAGCACUAUUUGCGUCGGCCAGGCUGCAUCCAUGGGAUCCCUGCUUCUCUGCGGUGGCCAUCCAGGCAAGCGAUACUGUCUCCCGCACUCGUCUAUCAUGAUCCACCAGCCAUCCGGUGGCUACUUCGGACAAGCGACCGAUAUUGCCAUCCAUGCCAAGGAAAUCCUGCGCAUUCGCCAUCAGCUCAACCAGAUCUAUAAGCGACACUUGACCGGGAAGCAGGAGAUGUCGCUCGAUGAAAUCGAGAAGCUUAUGGAGCGGGAUUACUUCAUGGGUGCGCAGGAGGCGCUGGAUAUGGGUAUCGUUGACGAGGUUCUUGAUCGGAGAGUCAAGCCGGGGAAUGAAGGCAAGCCUUAAGUGGCAUAAGGUGCAUAUGGGGUAGAUUGUCUUUUGGUUGUUUUCAUGAUAGCAUACCCGUCUGGAAUCUGUAACAUUAUAAUGAAUGGUCAUGUCCGUCUAUUUCAAAUAGAAACCAACUGAACUCAAUUGCCAUGAUAU